GGCUUUCUGAAGCCGGAAAAGGCUUCAAUACUUUGGCUAAUCGUCGAGUUUCAGUUUGAUAUUGAUACAAGUUUUCUGUACGCAUGAUUGCGACAAGAACUGAUGUAUAGUUUUUGAGAUUAUGUACAUGAUCGUCUGGAUAUGUUGCUAGCGUUUAGACGAAUAUUAAGAUUGUCGUUUGCCUAUUCUUGACGAUUUGCAGAAGUUUUUUGAAGUACGUGCCUCAUCAUCCACUUGUGUACUCGAUUGAAUCAGAUGCAAUUUAUGUAUACGUUUGCUACUCUAUCGUGCAUAUGAUUUUUAUGUUGCUACAGCUGGGGAUUGGCUUCAGGGACCUUAUGUGUAUUAUCUUUACAGCACUUAUGGUUUUGGUAAACGAGAUAUUGGUCAGCUUUUCAUUGCUGGUUUCGGCUCCUCUAUGUUGUUUGGAACCAUUGUUGGCUCUCUUGCUGACAAACAUGGUCGGAAGAGGGCAUGUGUUACGUACUGCAUUGUUUACAUUCUUAGCUGCAUCACCAAGCACUCUCCACAGUACAGAGUUUUAAUGGUCGGUCGUAUCUUGGGUGGUAUUGCUACUUCUCUCUUGAAUUCUGCCUUCGAAUCUUGGCUCAUUGCUGAGCACAACAAGAGGAACUUUGACCAACAGUGGCUGCCACUGACAAUUUCUAAGGCUGUUUUCUUUGGGAAUGGUCUGGUGAAACAGAAGUUCAUUCUUGAAGUUGAAGUCUUUGAUUGCUGGGGUAUCGAUUUUAUGGGACCUUUCCUGUCUUCAUAUGGAAACAAAUAUAUUCUAGUCGCUGUAGACUACGUAUCCAAAUGGGUCGAAGCAAUAGCUUACCCUACAAAUGACGCAUUUGUGGUUAUUAAACUCUCCAAGAGUAUAAUCUUUCCAAGAUUUGGAGUUCCAAGAGUAGUCAUUAGUGACGGUGGAACUCAUUUCAUUAACAAAAUCUUUGAUAGAUUGCUUAAAAAGAAUGGUGUUCAUCAUUAACUACACCUUACCACCCACAAACUAGUGGACAAGUAGAAGUCUCUAACCGGCAAAUUAAGGAAAUCUUAGAAAAAACCGUAGGAACCUCCAGAAAAGAUUGGUCUAGGAAACUAGAUAAUGCACUUUGGGCCUACAUGACCGCCUACAAAACGCCGUUGGGAACAACACCAUUCCACCUCCUUUAUGGCAAAUCAUAUCAUCUACCAGUCGAACUGGAACAUAAAGCAGCUUGGGCUACCAAACUUUUGAACUUUGAUAUCAAACCAGCUGCAGAAAGGAGACUCAUCCAGCUUAACGAGCUUGAUGAAAUCAGAAAUUUAGCUUUCGAAAAUUCUAAAAUCUAUAAAGAAAGGACUAAAGUUUAUCACGAUAGAAAGAUCAUAUCCCGGCACUUCGAGCCAGAUGAUCAAGUCCUCCUUUAAAACUCUAGAUUGACUUUAUUUCCUGGAAAGCUAAAAUCCUGUUGGUCUGGACCCUUCACCGUAACGAACGUUCAACCCUCCGGAGCUAUAACCUUACAAAAUGAGAAAGGCCAGGAAUUUACGGUGAAUGGCCAACGAGUUAAGCAUUAUUGGGCAAAAGCACCAGCGAAAGUGCCCAUGGUGCUGUAUGAACCUGAUAAUUAGUUUAAUCAGGAAGUCGAGCUAAAGACUUAAAAAUUAAGCGCUGAAUGGGAGGCAACCCAUUUUUAUAAAAAAUCAUUAAUUAAAAUUAAUUAAUUAUAUUUACUAGUAAUUAAUAGUAAUUUCCGUAUUUCUUAAUAUUAGCAUUAUUUAGAAAAUUUAGAAUUUGUCUUUAAAGAGGACAUCGAUCGACGAGGCAUUACUGCCAUCGAUCGAUGCCGGCAUAUCGACGGUUUUAACAUUAACUUCAAUCGAUAUCAACCCACUUCCUCUUCCACACUCACAAACGAAACCGAAAACAAAAACACCCAUUUUCUCUCUCGAUUCUCGACGGAUUUGGUCCGUUCUUCGCCUAAAUCCACUCGAUUUUUCACUCUGUAACUGUUAAAUCCACUCCCGAAAUCAACAUUCAAGGUAUGCACUCAAAAUUUUCAAUUUUUUGAAAAAUUAGGGUUUUCAUUUUGAGUUGGAUUAGAACGCUUGAUUUAGUGUGAUUGAGAGAUGUUUUUGUAGUUCAUAUUGCUUAUCUAGAGUUCGGUUUGUGAUUUCCAUGCAUUUAGAUUCGUAUAAACGCGAUUUGGAGUUGAGUGAUUUUGCAGGUUUCGCGAUUCGACAUCGGUCGAUAUGAACUUAUUCGCAGCUACUGAUGCUCUCUUGUCCGAUUGUUCCGACACGACGAUAUCGAUCGAUGUUGAGUAUAACCCAUCGAUCGAUAUUACAUUUUAUCGACAAUGCUAACCUUCUUUUGUUCUUGGUUUCAGAUGAGCAGCUCAGAGACAAACGCACGAAACAGAGAACUCAGGUCGAAAAGGAGGUUCGACGAGACUAGCAGCUCCUCCAACCCAGAGCGUCAUCCAUGGCCUCGCCCCAAAAACACACCAUUCGAUGUUCCGGGCUAUGCUGAUCCUAAGGCAGCAAUCAACAGCAACGAGUGCCGUCAGCGUCCUCUGUCCGAUAACUGGGACGACUACGACAGCCUCUUCUACAAUGCCUGGCUAGGAAUCUCUAUCGAGCCCACCAAGUUCCUUGACCGACCCAUCCUGAAGACACUCGGGAUCGAGGGAGAUGUUAAGGACAUGAUCACACAGCUAGGACUCGGUACCAUGCCCUCUCGUGCUUACGACCUCUACCCCGAUCUCGUCCGCCAGUUCAUGGCCACUGUCGAGGUCACCUACAGGACUUCAGCUGCGAGGGUAGCGGGAGAUGGCACUUUGACCUUUUUCGCCACAGGGACACGCUACAGGAUCACUAUCUCCAAGCUCUGCCGCAUCUACGGUUUCGAUGAUAGCAUCGCCUCUUACACGGUCCCACCUUUCUCACACAUUGAGGAAUUCUAGGAAAUCGUCGGCACUGGAGUUUGGAACACGAACAGGGCCAUGCUAUCAGACAUCCGCCAUCCUGCACUUCGCUACUUCCUACGGCUCCUUGCAAACACACUUGUUUGCAAGAUGGAGCCCAACAAGGUCAGGAUACAGGAGCUCACACUACUUUUCUGCGCAGUGAACGGCGUGGUGGAUUUGGUUGAGUUGGACGAGGAUGGCGAGGUAAGCCCGCCGAACCUCGGAGCUGUCUUUGCCGCGCAUUUGGUGGAGCUGAAGAAGAAGCCCUUCACCAGCAAGGGCAAGAGCAAGAACAAGCCCUCCCAUUUCUAUCUCUUCUCCUCUUAUUAUGAACUUGUUUAUUUAUUUUCCGAACUUGUAGGAUUUAUGUUUUUAAACUUAUAUUUUAUGUUUGAGGAUGCUUAUUAUUUCUUAUGCUUGAUUGUCUAACAGAGCUAACAUUAGGCAAGGAACUUCGAGUUUGACUCCAAGCACAUGUGAAAAUGUCUGUGCUUCGCCAUCGAUCGAUUUGGAGAGGAUUACAUCGAUCGAUUCUGGGCGAGUAACAUCGAUCGAUAUGGCGAGGAUUACAUCGAUCAGUGUGUAGUACGGAUAGGUACUUCAUUCUUACUCUAACAUUCUCAAACAUCUAACUUGAUUUUAAUCUUCCCUUGGACACUUUGCACCGAGUCGGUGCAAGUUAAGUCUAGGGGAGGUAGUUACUAACACCAUUUUCUUCAGUUUUUGUCAAAAAUCUUUUUAAAAAUAAUUUUAUUGAGUCAAGAAGGGGAUUAUGAACUAAUGAUUUCUACUUGAAUGUCUAACCACUUUCUAGCACCAUUCUAGAUUUACUGACUGCAGAUAAUACUAUAGAUGCUAAAGUGGAUCAACCAGUCAACUAUACACACUUGCUAGCUUGUUAGAAAGAACCAAAGCUAACCUCCAACACUAAC